CUCAUCCGGAAUCUGCGUUCCAUCCACAGGAAUAGCGUAAUUAACGUCCAUUGGUGCAAGUUCUGGGUGUAGAGAGACGUGUCCGCACCAACAGACACUCCACCCCUGAAGAACCAGAGUCCUUAUUACACGUCACACGUUCAGUAUUCUCACUGAUUAACUCAGGAUGGACACGGCCAAAAGUCUGAAGACUGAGAGGAUAAUAAAUUUAACCUUGGAGAUCAUCUACCUGCUGACUGGGGAGGAUUUCACAGUAGUCAAAAAGACACUUAGUGAGUGUGAGACACCCAUCAGCUGUCCCCGUGUGUCAGGAGGACUGAGCAGGAUCCAGAGCCCCAUCACGGUGCCUCCACCUCACUCACUGAUACAUGAGAGGCACAAUGACCAGAAGAUACUGGAACUCGCCAACACGAUCAUUCAACUGCUGACUGGAGAGGAGGGGGAGUAUAUAGAGGAACACAGGGGUCUGUACAAGGACGUGAUGAUGGAGAAUCACCGGCCCCUCACAUCACUGGAUGGACCCAGUAACAGAGAUACCCCAGAGAGAUGUCCCCGUCCUCUGUAUUCCCAGGAUUGUACAGAGGAGAAUCACAGGACCCCACAGGAGGAUCAGGGAGAAGUUAUGACUGAUAUAAAGGCCGAAUCUAUAGAGGGAGAAGAAGAGACGUAUGUGAGGGGUGAUCAGCAGUGUAAGGAGGAGGAGAUCCCUACAGAUAUCAGCACAGAUGUAUGUAACAGAGGGAAUAUCUCGGAGGGAAAUCUAAUUUCAUCUUCGGAUUGUAAAAUAGAAGAUGUCAUCUCACGAGAUUCUCCUGGAGAAAACCCUACUGCCCUACUUAUACCUCCAGUACCUCACUGUGUGGAUGUGUCAUCUGGAUCUGCUAAUCAUGGGGAAUUUUCUUCUGAUAACGCUGAUAUUGGUGCAUCUGUUCCAGGUCUUACAGUACACAAAAUAUUUCCGUGUUCUAUAGAAGCCAAAUACUUUACAAAGAACACAAAUCUUAUUACCCAUCAGCCAGCUAAGGCAGGUGAGAGGCCAUUUACAUGUUCUGAGUGUGGGAAAUGUUUUACACGGAAAUCAGGUCUGGUUACACAUCAGAGAAGUCACACAGGUGAGAAACCAUUUACCUGCUCUGAAUGUGGGAAAUGCUUUACAGAGAAAUCAGCUCUUAUUAUACAUGAGAGAAUACAUAUAGAUGAGAAGCCAUUUUCAUGUUCUGAGUGUGGGAAAUGUUUUACAGAGAAAUCAGAUUUUGAUAAACAUCAGAGAAGUCACACAGGUGAGAAGCCGUUUCCAUGUUUUGAGUGUGGGAAAUGUUUUAGAUGGAAAACAGCUCUUAUUAUACAUGAGAGAAGGCACACAGGUGAGAAGCCAUUUCUAUGUGCUGAGUGUGGUAAAUAUUUUACAUACAAAUCACAUCUUGUUACACAUCUGAGACAUCACACAGGUGAGACGCCAUAUCAGUGUUCUGAGUGUGGGAGAGGUUUUACAAAUAAAUCACAUCUUGUUAUGCAUCAGAGAAGUCACACAGGUGAGAAGCCAUUUCCAUGUUCUGAGUGUGGGAAAUGUUUUACACGCAAAUCAGCACUUAUUAUACAUGAGAGAAUACAUACAGGUGAGAAGCCAUUUCUAUGUUCUGAGUGUGGGAAAUGUUGUACACAUAAAUCUCAUCUUGUUACACAUCUGAGAAGUCACACAGGGGAGAAGCCAUUUCCAUGUGCCGAGUGUGGGAAAUGUUUUACACGCAAAUCAGGUCUUAUUAUACAUGAGAGAAUACAUACAGGUGAGAAACCAUUUCCGUGUGCUGAGUGUGGGAAAUGUUUUACACAUAAAUCACAUCUUGUUACGCAUCAGAGAAGUCACACAGGUGAGAGGCCAUUUCCAUGUCCUGAGUGUGGGAAAUGUUUUAUACGGAAAUCACAUCUUGUUACACAUCAGAGAAGUCACACGGGUGAGAAGCCAUUUCCAUGCUCCGAGUGUGGGAAAUGUUUUAUACGGAAAUCACAUCUUCUUACGCAUCAGAGAAGUCACACAGGUGAGAAGCCAUUUCCAUGUGCUGAGUGUGGGAAAUGUUUUACAGUGAAAUCACAUCUUGUUACACAUCAGAGAAUUCACAAGUGAGGGGCAAUUUCCGUGUUCUAUGGGAAAUGUUUUAGCAGUAAAUCAUGUGUUAAACAUCACAAACUUCACACAGAUGAGAAUGUGUAACAUGGCAGGAAUCAAAUCUUGAUAAAACAAUACUUUAUUUCCACAGUUACAAAUUUGCAUGUUUACAGAUGAAAAGUUGUUUAUCUUAGAAAUAAAUAUAAUUUCUCAAAUUUUUUUUUUUAAA